AUGUGGAAUGAUCAAUCCAUUGCUGGCGGUGGAUUUUUAAACACAUCUACUCAAUUCGGAGGUGCCAAUACACCUAACACCGCCCAAAAAUCGGGUGGUAGAAGAGCAUCACGAACAGCACCAAUUGUCAUCAGGCAGGCAUUGCACAGCGGAGAUGAUGGUGUCAAGAUUUGGGGCACUGAAAUACAAAUAGUAUCUAUUGUUGCUAGAGUCAGAAAUAUUAUAGUACAGAGUACUAAAAUAACAUACACUAUACAAGAUAUAACAGGCAGGAUGAGAGCAGUUUUAUGGCUGGAUCAAGAGGAAAUGGAUGAAGAUGAUACAACAAACACUAAAAUUCAAGUUAAUGAAUACAUACAGAUUUUUGGAAAUGUAAAGACUAAUAAAGGUAAAAAAGUUCUCAUGGCUUUUAAAAUAAUACCUAUAACGGACAUUAAUGCUAUUACAUUCCAUUAUCUGCAAUGCAUUAAUAAUAAACUGAAGAUGGAGAGUGAUUCCAAAAAGGAGAAAACUGAUAACCCAGCUACUUUUGAUAAUGCAUCUGUAAAUGGUUUAACUGAACGUCAAAUGAUUGUGUACAAUAUUAUUAAAGCCUCAACUCUCGAGCAGGGAAUAAGUAAACAGGAUAUAUAUGCUCAGUUGCAAGGCCGGAUAUCCAAUGUUGAAUUUGAGAAAUUAUUGGACUGGAUGUGGAAUGAAGGCCAUAUAUAUACAACCACUGAUGAUGACCAUUUCCGUACUACUGAUGCCAUA